AAAUUUAAAGGAAAAAACCAAAAAUGAAAAAAGCUCUUUAUUUCAGUUAUGAAUACUACGUGCUCUGACAAUGCCCCACACAGGACACACCAAGGUCACACGGGGAUGAAUUGGAGCCGGCUUCGAUACCCGCUAAUUUUGUGAUUGAAAAGAGUAGGCGAAAAUUAUUAGUCACUGGGUGGGGAUUGGAGCCGGGUUCGAUCCUAGUAGAUUUAGAAAGUAUUUAAUCCUCUUCACCUUAGCGGCAUCCCAAAUCAAGACUACCAUGGCCGCUAAACAUUUAUAACAGUUGAUCUCAUCCACGGUUUAACUGCCAGGUGAUAGAGAGAGAGGAGUAGCAGAGCAGCAGGAAUGCGAAUGGGAGCCAAUGCAUCUCAACCUCAGCCCAAUUCCUCAGCUGGAGUUGGAGGUGAUCCUAUUCCAGGAGAUCUGCCCCACGUUUCCUAUACUGAAAAGGUGUUGGAGGAGAAGGAGCUGCAAUUGAAAAAAUAUAUCCAAGAAAAUUACUCUAAAAUUCGGGAUGUUGAGCGUGAGUUUGAAAAACUUACUUUGGAGUUAAAGCUCACAGCAGGCCCAAAGAAGGCAGCUCUUGAGCAUCUACGGAAGAAGAUAGAAUUAUCAACGGAGAAAAUCAAAGUAGCAAGGCAGAAGGAGGAACAAGCAAGGAAGGUGUGGGAAGAAGCAAAGAAGGAUUUGGAAGAACAGGAGGCCCAAAAGCAAAGAAUUUGUGAGGAUCUAAAUAGUUUGGUUAAAGAGAGUGCAGCUGCACAAUACUCAAGGUUAGAGGAUCUAAAGACGCGGCUAGAAGCAUUGAAUCCAGAAGAAAAAAAGGAGUCUACAAAAAUGGGACCAGUGGCACCAAACAAUGUCAAGAAUACAUCUUCAAGUGAACAACUGAAUGAGUCUGAAACCGGCGAUUCUGUUACUUCAACAAACUCUCAUUCACUUCCAGAUCAUUCAUCAAAUACUGGGCACACAAAGCAUUCUUCUGAAAAAAAGGGUAUUGAUAAAUCAGAUUCAAAUGAUCAGGGACAAUCAAUCAAAUCAGGGUCUGAACGGCAGCCUUCCCACAUAAUAAAAGGUCGUACCAAUAAUGUUAAUCGAGGAAAAGGUAAUUUGGUACUUCAGAAACCGAAGGAUGAAACUGCUUCUGGAUGGACUGGUGCUGGAUUUGAUAUUGAUGCCAGGAGAUGAGAUUUGUCAUAUUGAACUUAGUUUAAAAUCUUUGCAAGUACUAUGUAAUGCUACUUAUAAAGCAGAACACAAAAUAAUUGAAUUGCAUUGGAUUCAUUUACUUGGAUAGAUAAUAGGUAUUGGUCUCUCAGGGCCUAUUUUCCAAAAUAUUUUCCCAUAUAUUGCAUUACAGAAGAAACUCUGUAAAAGCGUUUGGAUAUUUUAGAGGUGUUCACUUAAAUGUAAAUGUCUUUUCAAGUAAAUAAAAAUUUCUCAAAUGUUAUGUCUCUUUAAUCAUA